GGUGAAUUUGGUGGAAAAUGAGGUCAACGAGAUAAAUCUACUCAAUUUGGAUUGAGCUGAAAUGGUUUGUAUUUGGAGUGCGUAUUAAACAAAUAAUUGAAUUUUAUGAGUAAAGAAGUCUUAGUAUUAAGGGUGAAGAAAUGUCAAUACAUAAAGCGGAUCCUCUUAACGAUGAGAGAAGGGUUAUAGAUAAUCUCAUAGCAAAUAGUCAGAACUUGAUGGGAAAUAAUGAGACCAGUUUGCAGUACACACAAUCGUCAGACUAUCAAAUGACGCCAACCAAAUCAAAGAUGUUAGCCAAAUCAAGACGAGGACGAACAUCGUUUACUCAGGCACAACUGUCAGAUCUUGAAACAGCUUUCUCUAACACACAUUACCCUGAUUUUCAAACAAGAAAAGAACUAGCAGGUCGCUUGAAGAUUCCUGAUGAUAGAAUUCAGGUAUGGUUCCAGAAUAGACGGGCCAAGUACAGAAAGAUACAACGACAAAUGGUAAAUGGAUAUCGCGGAAGUCCUGGUUCACAAAAUAAUGCAACAAUUAUGUUGGUACAUAGCAACCAAGAAGGAAUUGCAAGAGCAGCUCAAGUAAGAAAUGGUGAUGUUAUGGUCAGACCAUCUUCAAUACAACAGACCUCAGUAAAAGAGGAGAACACAGAAACAAUGACUUCAGUUUUAAAUGCUGUGACAGCAAUAGAGAACAAGUCACAACAACACGCUACAAGACAGGACCACUUCACAAGUAUUUACAGCAAAAUGCCAACAGCCCACAGGUUACAAGAAAUGUUACCUGAAAAUCAACGAGUUGCACCUUCAUUGUAUUCAUUAAGCACAGCAGUUACAUCAGGACAAUACAUUAUUUUAGGAGGAGGUAAUGCAACUUCAAUGCCAGCUGGACAUUUUCAAGCACAAAUUCCCACAACCUCUGCCAACUAUUAGAAAAAGAAACUAUUUUUUACAUGUUCAAAUACAAAACGCAAUUGCUAUUGUCAAAUAAGACAAAAUAUUUUUUUGCAUUGUAAAUAUUUGGUGGAAAUAAAGUUUGAUUUAUUUGGUUCGAAA